AUGCCAAUGCCACAACCACCACCACCACCACCACCACUACCACCACCACCAUCAGCACCGCAAGCACCAGUAAGGGUUAUCGCCAACCAACAAUAUCCACCAAUCAAAUACAGAUCGAAACUUUACAAAACUGAUAGCCAAAGUACCGUGAAAGGUGUGCAAACGUUCGUGCAGCAGCAAGAACAAAAUAUCAUUCCGACUACUAUGCAACAGCCUAGAGGACAAAUGUCUUACCAACAGAAUUUGGGAGGAUCAAGAAUGACAGUAGGUAGCGUAGAGACUCAACCAAAAAUUCCAGCUGCACCUAUAGGAUUUCCUGGACAAAGAAUGUAUCCAAGUCAACCACCAAAUCCUGUAAAUAUACCACUAGAUUCAAUGAACAAACGAUACCGAUCAUAUCCUGAGCAAAUGAAUCAUUUGAACAAUCAAAAUAUGAUGUCGGUUGCACAAGCCGGUUAUAAUAAAUUAUGGGGAAUGGAGACUGUUGAUCUAUUGCAAUGUAGAAAUGUUUUACCUGCAGAAAAAGUGGAACCACCAAAGAUCAAACUUCACCAAGAGUUUCUAGAUAGUGUUAAUUGUAGUCCAGAUAUUUUUCGGUGUACACUCACAAAGAUCCCCGAAUCAAAUUCUUUACUACAAAAGUCCAGAUUGCCUCUAGGAGUGUUAAUACAUCCUUUUAAGGAUUUAAAUCAUUUACCAGUAAUACAGUGCAGCACAAUAGUACGAUGCCGUGCUUGUAGAACGUAUAUCAAUCCGUUUGUGUUCAAUGAUUCAAAAAGGUGGAAGUGUAACCUGUGUUACAGAGUAAAUGAAUUACCAGACGAAUUUCAAGUUGAUCCUGUAACAAAACAUAACGGAGAUCCAUCAAGACGUCCAGAAGAUACCAGUACAAUAGAAUUUAUUGCCCUACUACGUCCACCACAGCCAGCCGUGUAUCUAUUUGGUUUGGAUGUUUCAAGACUGGCAGUAGAGAGUGGUUAUUUGAGCAUAGUCUGCAACGUAAUUUCCGAGGAAUUAUCCAAGUUGCCUGGUGAUAGCAGAACACAAAUUGGAUUCCUGGCAGUAGAUUCUGCGAUACAUUUCUUUGGCAUACCCGACAAUGUAUCGCAACCUCAGGAAAUGAAGCUCGAUAUAGAUGACAUUUUCUGCAGAUGGAUUCUUCCAUGCCCGGACACUAUCGUUAAUUUAAAAGAACGAGAGGAAUUAGUGAGAGAUUUGUUGGCUCAAUUACCAACGAAAUUUCAAGGGACUCAUGAUACAAGUAGCGCUUUAGGUGCAGCAUUACAAGCAGCAUAUAAACUUAUGUCGCCAACUGGUGGACGGGUGACUGUUUUCCAAACCUGUUUACCAAACCUCGGCCGACUUUUGCAAGCAAGAGAAGAUCCAAAUAGUAGAUCAAGCAAAGAUGUACCACACUUGAACCCAGUUACAGAUUUCUAUCAGAGAUUGGCAGUAGAUUGCAGUGGACAACAAAUUGCUGUCGACUUAUUGUUGAACAGUCAAUAUUGCGAUUUAGCCACUCUUGUAAAUAUCUUAAUUAUUUUAUUUACGGGUAUGGGUAAAUUUCUGGAGGAUGUAUAAUAUCACCUUCCUCUGUUCCGAGGAUCAAAAUCACAGAAUGCAGAAACUCUCGAUAGAAUACUCAGACGUUAUCUUACUCGAAAGAUUGGUUUGAAGCAUCAUGAGAUACGAUGCACACGUGGUUUGAGUAUUCACUUUCAUGGAAAUUUCUUUGUUAGAUCGACUGACCUUCUUAGUUUACCUAACGUUAAUCCAGAUGCUGGCUUUGGAAUGCAAAUUUCUAUUGAGGAAAACCUUUCAGAUAUUCAGAACGUGUGUUUUCAGGCAGCUCUACUUUAUACAUCAAGUAAAGGGGAAAGAAGAAUUAGGGUACACACAUUGUGCCUACCAGUAGUGUCCACUUUAUCUGAUGUUCUUCAUUCUGCUGAUCAACAAUGUAUAGCAGGCCUACUUUCUAAAAUGGCUGUAGACAGGUCUCAGCAGUCAUCUUUAUCCGAUGCAAGAGAUGCUUUGAUAAACGUGGCUAUAGAUGUAUUGUCAGCCUAUAAAUUGUCUCAGUCAACGGCCCCUGGUGGACUUGUUGCUCCUGCGAGCUUAAAGUUACUGCCCCUUUAUAUUAUUGCUUUGCUCAAAUACGUUGCCUUCAGAUCGGGAACGAAUACAAGACUUGAUGAUCGAGUCUUUGCAAUGUGCCAGUUGAAAACUCUGCCACUAUUUCAAUUAAUUCAGACAAUUUACCCAGACCUUUAUCCUAUUCAUGCGCUUGAUGACCGGAAUUUGAAAGAUAUCGAUGGGAAACUUUGUCCACAACCACCCAGAUUGCAUCUUUCCGCUGAGAAACUUGAUUCUAGGGGAGCUUUCUUGAUGGAUGCUGGUGAUCGAUAUUUAUUUUAAUUGGUAAAUAUUCACCCUUCAUUUUGUUGCAAUAUACUUGGAGCUUCUGCUUUUGCUUCAAUACCCGAAGAACUUGUAAUAUGAUUACCAGAAAUUGAGACGGCUGAAAGCGAAAGGUUACGCAAUUUUGUAUUUAGUUUACAAGAAGAAAAGCCUUACCCUGCCACUGUACAAAUUAUUCGAGAUGACAGUCACUUCAGAACACUCUUUAUUGAACGAUUAGUUGAAGAUCGUUUCGAGAAUUCUCUGAGUUAUUAUGAAUUCUUGCAACAUCUUAAGACUCAAGUGAAAUAAUAAUAAAAAAAAGUAAUUCGGAAUUAGAUGGAAACAAGAUAAGCAAACGUAUAAAGAUAAUAAAAAAGAAGAAGCUAUUGUUGAUUACAUACAGUGAAAGUGUUUAACAAUCGUGAACUGUGUUCAAAACUGCGAACCUCUUAAAACGAUUGUUCAAUCGGUUAAUUAGAAUGGAACACUUAGGGAUAUGAAAACCAUACAUAUAUGUACGUAUACGUAUGUAGGAAUGAAUGUUAUUAUUAUUGUUUUAAGAAAUGUUAAAGCAUUUAAGUAUAAUUCAAUUGUAGUUACUGUUUUAUUACUAUUAGAACAAUUAUUAUAAUAAUUAUUGUUAUUCUUUUCAGUUGCAAAUUUCAAGAAACAUCAUCUUUCUAAUAUUUCUCCACUUUAAAAAUAAUUUGUAAUCAUUCGAUUUUAUUAUUUAAUCUUCUGAAACUUUUAGGUAUUUCAAUUCAGAUACUGAUUUACUGAUUUUGAAAACUUUUUUCUACUUACAAGUGUGUAGUAUUUUAUGAAACUGUUUUAAAAAUUUCUUUUUUAAUUAAUUAGGUACGUUACAAAAUAGUCUCCUUUUGGAUUCAAAUCAUUUUGUAAAUAAUUAUUAGUUCUCUGCGUCUUCAACCAGAAAUUUUAUAAUAAAUUAUUAAUUAGAUUUAUUAAUUCCAUAAAUAUAAAGCAAUAUUUCAUAAGGUAUGGUGUAUCCGAGAAAGAAAAAAUUCUACGCCAAAAAUAAGAUCAGUUUUAAUGCUUUUUUAACCAGACCCUAUUAACUUUUAAAAACUAUAAUUACAUUAGAAAGAAUCCGAUAAUGUUAUGUUUCAAUAUGUUUUAUAAUAGUAAUACUCGUUAAAUUUCUGUUUGGCGAUUUUUCGAUUUUCGAUUUUUCGAUUUUCGAUUUUUCGAUUUUCAAUUACAAUAUCAUCUAAGCUAUAAAAUUUCAAAUUAAUACAUCUCUACUUUGAAUACAUAAAAAUUACACAGGAUUAUAAGAAUCAUAUAAUAUAAUAUAAUACAAUUAUCUUCAUAUUUUGCGUACUUAUUUUGAUUGAUAAUUGUCGUUUAAACUAUUAAGUAAAAAUUACAGGGAAGUGUUAAGAAAUAUCAUCUUAUUUUUUAUGCAAGAACUUUACAUUUGUUGAAUAUACCACCGCCUUUGAAGCAAUCUAUGCAUAUGUUACUACAGAAUAUUCAUCUGAAUGUGGUAAAGAAGUACAAUUAUUUUGUUAAUUAAUAAUCUUAUGAAGAAUGAACGAUUAAAUAGUUAUCAGCAUCUUUUUCUUAAGAUUUCUAUUAUAUUGUACUUGUUUAUCGUGUUUAAUUGGACAUUCCGUGUAUGUAUUUAUGCAUGUAUAUGUAUAGACUGACCUCGAAUUAACAAAGUAAGAAAGGUAAUAUUUACAAAAAGAAAAAGAAAUUUUUUUUAACUCUAUCUGGUUAUAUAAAGCACAUACACGACGUAUUUAGAAAGAUGCAUAGGAAUGCAAGUGAAAAUUUAUAUUAAUCUUAUCUGAAGUAUGGAAAUUAAAAGUAGCAAAAUGAUUUCUGUUUAUUGAUAUUUUAAUACUGUAUUUAUAAAUCAAGCUUAGUAAAAAUGAAUUAAUUAUUUAGGUAUCCCAUAUGUGUGUAGAAUAUGCUUUAAGAUAAAAUGCAUGAGAAUAGCUAUGUAGUUUUAAAUUGUUUCUAUUAAUUUUUCACAUAAUCAUAAAUAAUGCAAAAUAUGAUAGUACACAGAAAUACAGUCUCAGAAAUUGAAUGCGAUUGCAUAUAAAUGCUUUUGCAGAAAGGCAUCAAAGAUAUACGUAUGUUAUACAUAUGAUGCGAGCGUGUGUGUGUGUAUGUGUGUGUAUGUGUACGUAUAUGUAUAUGAGUAUAAACGAUAAAGUUUCACUCUGUUAAUUCGAGAUAAGUCUGUGCAGAGAAAUUGGGGAUUUACAAAGUUCUAUUUCUCAUACCAUCAAUGCUGCCAAAAAAAAAAGGAGAUGAACACUCAAAUACUUUUCUUAGAUUCAGAAUGAAUUUCAAGUGAAGAAAAAAGACAGGAGGUAGAAAGAUCAUGUAAAUUGUUUAAAAUUAUAAACUGCGCUCUGAAAAGUGCGAAAAUAAAACUCGUAGUACUGUUUUAAAAUUUUUUUUUCUUUUUUUUUUUUUCAAGGAAAGUUGUAAUAACUUGUAGAUUUUGUCACGUAAAAUUACCGUAUACAUUGAAAUUAUAUGUAUAAUCUCAUUUCUUAUAUUCAAAAUUAUUAAGAAUCAAAUAAAAAGUCUGGGGGCACCAAUAUUUCAGAUACAGUGUUUAGAAAUUGGUGAAAAAUAUUUGAUUACUAUGUACCUUUACAAUUAUAUUACAUGUAUAAAUGAUAUAAAUUACAAUUGUUUUCUUUUUAUAAACAGUUAUAUAUAAGUAAUAUAAUUUUACAUUUGAACAAAGUUCUUUUUAUCAUUUGACAAAUUUCAAAUUUAAUAAAUGUGAUUCAGUAAUCAUAAAAUUAAUAAGUUGAUAUAUUUAAUAAAAAUAUUUCAACUUUUUUAUCUAUGGAAAGACAAUAUUUCAAUAAAACAUUUAUCGUAAAUAGUGAGCUACAUUUUUAUAGAAUUUUUCUUUUAAAAAUUAUGAAAAUUAUUCUCAGCUAUACUAUAAAUGAGAAUGGAAAGCUACUACGAUUACUUGAACUUACAAUUAGAUUUUGUUGUAAAUAAUAAUUGUUGUGUAGUUAUAAGUUUCGAGUUAUUGUAAAUAAUUUUUUAUUUUGGUAUUUUCUCUCCAUUGUGUGUUUCGAAUAUUAUGGACAAGAAUAAUGUAAAUUAUUUUAAGAGAUUAUAGUGAUCUAUCAAA